AUGGGAAGUGGGAUGAAUGAGAAAACGUGGGAGAAAGAAGGAGAAGAAGAAAGCAAACCACUCGUCGCAAAGAUUCGGGGGGAGACUCAGGAGGAGACCCAGGAGGAGGCCCAGGAGGAGGCACAGGAGGAGGCACAGGAGGAGGCCCAGGAGGAGGCCCAGGAGGAGGCCCAGGAGGAUGCCCAGGAGGAGGCCCAGGAAGAGACUCGGAGAUAG